CGGGCUAUUUUCCAUUACACUUAAACCUCCGAUGACUCGAAAAAUUUCCGAACUUUGGCGGCUGAAUACCGCAAACAAAUAUGUUCGUGGGGAAGAGCUUUUGGGAGAAUGGAAACCGCGUGGGGUAUCAUUAGUCAAAGACUAUAAAAAAAUUAGUGAACUUUUACGUAGAAGGGAAGCAGUUGAUUGUAUGAAGCAAAUUAUUGCAUUAAAGGGAAAUAAAAAAUAUGAGCAACUUCAAAGUCCCGAGGAUUUAUAUAAAUUGGUUUUAACACUUUGGAGGAAAAAAUGGGGAACAAUAAAAGAGAUCGUUAUAAACCAAGAACCACCACUUUCAGGAAUCUAUCAUGACAUGGAGUUGUCAAGAGGAAAGAAACCAACAAAAUUAGUUGCACAAGUUCGGAUGGUAGCAAAAACUGAUACGAUAACUAAAAAGGGGUAUCUAUUUACUCCUGAAGAUGCUAAUGAUGAUCAUUGGGUUAAGAAGUGGUAUGUCUUGAGAAGACCAUACUUAUUCAUCUAUGAAUCACAGAAAGAAACUGAAGAACAAGGUGUUAUUAACUUGGCUUCAGUCAGAGUUGAUUAUAAAAGAGAUUUGGAAGAUAUGCUUCAGCGACAACACGUAUUUGCCAUAUACACCAACAACAAUGCGUAUAUUUUGCAGGCAUCUUCGAAGCAGGAUAUGGUAGAUUGGAUCUCCAAG